UGCGGUGGCGGAGCGGAAGAGGCGGAGUUUGAGCCAAAAUGAGGGAAAAUAAGAACAUGUCCGAGUCCCCUUCUCAAGCGGGAAAAGAAAUACCGGCGAAAAAGCAGAAACUAAGCAGUGACGAGAACAGUAACCCCGAUUUAUCAGGAGACGAGAAUGAUGAUGCUGUCAGCGUUGAGAGUGGGACUAACGCAGAGCGCCCAGACACACCCACGAACACUGCCAACGCCCCGGGCAGAAAGAGCUGGGGCAAGGGCAAGUGGAAGUCCAAGAAGUGCAGAUAUUCUUUUAAAUGUGUCAACAGCCUGAGGGAGGACCACGGCCAGCCGCUGUUUGGAGUCCAGUUUAACUGGCACAGCAAGGAGGGAGACCCGCUGGUGUUUGCCACAGUCGGGAGUAACAGGGUAACUCUGUAUGAAUGUCACUCUCAGGGAGAAAUGAGACUCUUGCAGUCUUAUGUCGAUGCAGACGCAGAUGAGAACUUCUAUACGUGUGCCUGGACCUACGACACAAACACAAGCCAUCCUCUGUUGGCUGUCGCCGGGUCCCGUGGCAUCAUUCGGGUGAUCAACAACAUCUCAAUGCAGUGUAUCAAGCAUUAUGUAGGUCACGGAAAUGCUAUCAAUGAGCUAAAGUUCCAUCCAAGGGAUCCAAAUCUCCUCCUGUCUGUCAGCAAAGAUCAUGCCCUUCGUCUAUGGAACAUCCAGACGGACACGUUAGUGGCAAUAUUUGGCGGUGUGGAAGGACAUCGAGAUGAAGUCCUGAGUGCUGAUUUCGAUCUUCUAGGUGAAAAGAUUAUGUCAUGUGGGAUGGACCACUCCUUAAAACUUUGGCGAAUCAAUUCCGAGAGAAUGCAGAAGGCCAUCCGUGGGUCUUAUGAGUACAACCCCUCAAAGACAAACCGGCCUUUCGUCUCGCAGAAAAUUCACUUCCCCGACUUCUCAACACGAGACAUCCAUAGGAACUAUGUGGACUGUGUGCGGUGGCUGGGGGAUCUUAUUCUUUCCAAGUCCUGUGAAAAUGCCAUUGUCUGCUGGAAACCAGGAAAGAUGGAGGACGACAUCGAUCACAUUAAACCCAAUGAGUCAAAUGUGACAAUUCUGGGACGCUUCGAUUACAGCCAGUGCGACAUUUGGUACAUGCGCUUCUCCAUGGACUUCUGGCAGAAGAUGCUCGCUUUAGGAAACCAGGUGGGGAAGCUUUAUGUGUGGGACCUGGAAGUGGAAGACCCACACAAAGCAAAGUGCACCACACUGACCCUCCCCAAAUGCACAUCGGCCAUCCGGCAAACCAGCUUCAGCCGCGACAGCAGCAUUUUGAUAGCCGUGUGUGACGAUGCUUCAAUCUGGCGCUGGGAUCGACAGCGCUGAAGAAGUAGUUUUGGUUCCUGUUGCUUCCCAUCCUCCCAACCUGUUGCCCUGUUGUACAGACCUACACUGCAAGAAAUGUCUGUUUGAACAUUUAAUCUUACGUGUGGUCUAAAAAUACAGUAUUUCCUUAAAAAAAGAAAAAGGCGAGAAUUCAUGCCAGGC